AUGAGUUCUUCAUGAAUUCACUUUCCCAACACCUCGCUUAAGGGUAGCCCAUUUUCACAAACAGGAUGACGAUAAUUCCAAAGCAGUAUCAAAUCGAGAACAGGCGAACAGCCUAUCCUACUCUCUCUUUUAGUUCAUCUCCAACACCCACGCCAGGCACCCAUCCAUACUGAGAUCCACUCCACUGUUCUUUUAGCCAUCUCUCAUGUUCUCUCUAUCAAGAAAUUCUUUCUCUUCAUCGAAACACACAUUCUCUAUCGAAACCCACACUCUCUCUAUCAAGAACACACUCUCUAUCAACACACACACUCUAUCAAAACACACACUCUCUCCAUCAAACUCACCCAUCUGUCUCUCUUUUUUCCAUCCAGAGAACUCACCAACCUUACCAAUCAUCCCAUCACCAAGCCCCCCCCCCGGCGAAAAUGACCAAACCCCACCCAACCCUCACCAAACAGCUCCAAACCACCCACGACGCCCUCCUCCGGAUCCUUUACACCCACACCGACGCGCAGGGCAUCUCGCACCGUCCCUACGGCCUCGACUGGAUUGACUUCGAGCGCCUGAUGUACCGACUGCUGCUCCUGCAGGGGCUGGCGCGGCCCGGCGACCGCAUCGCCCACGACCCGUGGUUGCUGUUCCUGGACCGGUAUGCGCCGCGCUCGGUGCGCCGCUCCCCGAGCGAGGCCGGCCGCGUGGAGGUCGCCUUCUUCCCGAGUUCGAUUCUGCAGUCGCCUUCCUCCGGCUCUCCUCCCCGCUUGGUUUCUGGGAGUGUUGAGCAGGGUCGUCGCAGCGUCAAUGGCUACAUCAACGGCGACGGCUAUACCGGCAGCAACGGCUACGCCCCCAUCAACGGUGACAGCGCUGGACCACGUCCUCGGGUGGACUCCAACGGCCACGUGCACUUCGAUCAUACGGCUGUGCAGCGGGAUCCGAGUCAGAGGCGGUCGCCUUCUAUCCCUAGGUACUUUCAAUGACUUUGCCCGUAAAAGGAUAGAUAUCAAUCAAAAAACUCUUAAUGUUCACGCACACUUUACCAUGUCAAUAUCUGUGUGUUCGUGAUUGAUAAAGCCAUCGUCUUCCAUUUCUUCUGGAAGAGAAAGAACAAGAUGCGUGAUGCAUCUGGUGCUAGAUAUAUGAGGAGGUGUUCUCUGGAGUUGGAGUCUGGGUUGGCUUUUGUUCUGGUUAUGUGUACCGAGUGCUCCUUGAUUUGUGGGGGGUUCUUUCUGCUGACGGAGGGUGGUUGUGUGCAGUGUACAGCAUGCGUUUUCUUUCUGGUAUUUGUUGCAGAUUGUUAUGAGAGAUGAUGACGGAAUGGC